GGGAGGGAAGGGCCAGCCCUGCCGACAGUCCUGCGCAAGCUGUCACGUGACUGUUUCCCGGUUAGUCAUGUGACCCGCCCUUGCCGGUCAAAGCAGACAUGAGCCCCUGGGCACGGCUGGCCCUGCCCUGGGCCCUAGCCCUGCUGCUGGCGCUGGGGCUGCUCGGCCUGGAGGCCGCGGCCUACAGAGCCCCAGACCCCGACUUCCGGGAGGACUACUUUGAGCAGCUUCUGGACCAUUUCAACUUUGAGAGGUUUGGCAACAAGACCUUCCGCCAGAGGUUCCUGGUGUCAGACAAGUUCUGGAAAAGGGGCGAGGGGCCCAUAUUCUUCUACACGGGCAACGAAGGCGACGUAUGGUCCUUCGCCAACAACUCGGGGUUCAUCCUGGAGCUGGCGGUGCAGCAGGCGGCCCUGGUGGUGUUUGCGGAGCACCGCUACUACGGAAAGUCGCUGCCAUUCGGCGAGCAGUCCACGUGGCGCGGGCACACAGAGCUGCUGACCGUGGAGCAGGCCCUGGCCGACUUUGCCAGGCUGAUCGAGGCACUGCGGCGGGACCUCGGGGCUCAGGAUGCCCCGGCCAUCGCCUUCGGCGGCAGCUACGGGGGGAUGCUCAGUGCCUACUUGAGGAUGAAGUACCCCCACCUCGUGGCGGGGGCGCUGGCGGCCAGUGCACCUGUUGUGGCAGUGGCGGGCCUCGGCGACUCCCACCAGUUCUUCCGGGACGUGUCUGCGGACUUUGAGGGCCAGGGUCCUAAGUGUGCCCAGGCCGUGAGGGACGCGUUCCAGCAGAUCAAGGACUUGUUCCUCCAGGGAGCCUACGAGGUGGUCAGCCAGGAGUUUGGUACCUGCCGGUUGCUCGCGGGCUGGAAGGACCUGGCCCAGCUCUUCGGGUUUGCCCGGAACGCCUUCACCGUGCUGGCCAUGAUGGACUACCCGUACCCCACCGACUUCAUGGGGCACCUCCCUGCCAACCCUGUCCAGGUCGGCUGUGACCGGCUGCUGAGUGAGAGCCAGAGGGUCCAGGGGCUCCGAGCGCUGGCAGGGCUGGUGUACAACUCCUCGGGGACAGAGCCCUGUUACGAUAUCUACCGGCAGUACCAGGCCUGUGCGGACCCCACAGGUUGUGGCUUGGGCUCCGACGCCAAGGCCUGGGACUACCAGGCCUGCACCGAGAUCAGCUUGACGUUCUCCAGUAACAACGUGACAGACAUCUUUCCGGACCUGCCGUUCACCGAGGCGCUCCGCCAGCAGUACUGCCUGGACACGUGGGGCGUGUGGCCCCGGCGGGACUGGCUGCAUACCAGCUUCGGGGGUGCCGACCUCAGAGCCGCCAGCAACAUCAUCUUCUCCAAUGGUGACCUGGACCCCUGGGCAGGGGGCGGGAUCCGGAGUAACCUGAGCGCAUCCGUCCUGGCCAUCACCAUCCACGGGGGAGCACAUCACCUGGACCUCAGAGCGUCCCACCCGGAAGACCCGACGUCUGUCCGGGAGGCACGUGAGCUGGAGGCCAGCAUCAUCCGUGAGUGGGUUGCGACAGCCAGGCGUGAGCAGCGGUUGCAGCGCACGUGGCCCUGGGGGCUCAGAGGCUAAGGGGCACUCCCCUAGCUAGGACCCGAGAGGACUCACAGGGGUGCAUCUCCAAAGCACGCCAGGAUGAGGAGCCCACACCCAUCUUCCUGAACCCACCAGUGACCAGGCCCAGCAGGGCCUUGCCUGAGGGAGGGGCUGAAUAAAUGUCUGGUGGCCUGGCCCAGCCCCUUGUGUCAGCUGUGGUCCCUGCAGGAGAGGGAGCAUGCCAUGAUGAACACACUGCCCAACCUCUCCAAAUUGGCCACGUUUAAUAAAACAGAAUCGUCAA